AAUUAAACGCAUUCAUUGGGAGUAAACAUCUAAUCACAUUUUCUAUUGUUCCGAUACGUCAUACCAUUCUCCAAUCUGUUAUCUGCUGACGUGGAAGUUCCAGCUGGAUGUUUUAUCGAGGAACAAUGUCUAAAUCACGAUUCCCUGGACGACAAAGCCUUCUCAAGGUCAACCGUCGCACCCAACUGCGAACCUUUGUGACACGACAGAUCGCGUUCGAUCCUCCAACCAUCACCGUCCCCUCGGAGCUACCCUCUCCACCGUCAUCGGUGGAUCCAUCUCUGCCUCUCCGCGGGCGCCCUCCCAAACGCCUGAAAUUGGAACAGCUUUCGGUAGGGCUUCGGCAUCAGCAGGGUUCCUCCUUCAUCAUGAAACUCUUCGAUCGCAGUGUCGAUCUGGCCCGAUUCGAUGCGGAAAGUCCACUCUACCCCGUUUGUCGCGCCUGGAUGCGCAAUCAACCCCGAGCAAGACCGAACGCUGACAGUGCGAAAACAACUGACACGUCUCCGCCUUCGCCAGUUGGAGCAGAAACGGCGCGCAGUUCCAUGCCGGAUAUUGUAGAACGGUUCAAUCGGAAGGAAGUGGUAGAAAUUUCUGAUUUGCCCCAGCCAAGUGGGACUGAUUUGAAACCAUUUUGGUUCGAGAGUCGUUCAGAAAACGAUGCCGAGGAGCCCAGUUUGGAUGAAGCAGAUGGAUCAGCUGCUAGAAAGGAUAUUCUGUUGCAACAUCACAAAACCCGGUGGACCAAAGUGCGUCGCCAGUGGCAGCGUCACCGUCAAAACUACUUACGGAAGUACCAGCUCAGCUACGAUCUGCUGGAUGCCGUAUUGAUGAAACAAGUGUAGAUUAGAAUGUUAUUGAUCAAGAGUCGAAUUCUUCAAUAUAUUAGUUCAUCG